CCUCAGGGAAGCCGGCCGCCGGCAAUCGACGAUGGCUGCAACAGCGGGUGUUGCCGGCGUCCUGCAGGAGUCGUCCCGGCGCGGGCAGCGCCCCAGCGGCACUGCGGCCGUGCUGGCCAUCGGCACGGCCAACCCUGCGAACUGCCACCAGGACGAGUACCCCGACUGGUACUUCCGCGUCACCAAGAGCGACCACCUCGCCACGCUCAAGAACAAAAUGAAGAGAAUAUGUGAGAAAUCCGGCGUCAGGAAGCGUUACUUCCACUGGACCGUAGAGAUCCUCGCCGGGCACCCGGAGUUCCUGGACCCCGCCCUGCCGUCGCUCGACGCGCGUCUGGCCGCCACCGCGGACGCCGUCCCCGAGCUCGCCGCGGCGGCCGCGGCGAGGGCGAUCGCGGAAUGGGGGCGCCCGGCCGCCGACAUCACGCACCUCGUGCUGAGCACCACCUCAGGCGCCCAGUCGCCGGGCCCCGACCUCCGGCUGGCUCAUCUCCUGGGUCUCCGCCCGACCGUGCGGCGCACGCUGCUCUUCUUCCACGCCUGCUUCGGCGGCUCCAGCGCGCUCCGGCUCGCCAAGGACCUCGCCGAGAGCCACCGCGGCGCGCGCGUGCUGGUGGCCGUCUGCGAGGUCAACUCGCUGCUAUCCUUCAGGCCCCCGCAGGAGGCCCGCCUGGACGGCCUCGUCGCCGCGGCUCUGUUCGGCGACGGUGCUGGCGCCGUCAUCGUGGGCGCCGCCGCCGCCGACGACCCGGCGGAACCCGUCGAGCGCCCCAUCUUCUACAUGAUGUCGGCCUCGCAGACAACGUUACCAGGGACGGAGGACGCCUUGUCUAUGCAGCUCGGCGAGGCUGGCUACGACAUCGGCUUAUCCGCCAGGGCGCCAGCGCUCGUCCGUGACACUGUCGAGGCUUGCCUGGCGGACAUGGUGGCGCCACUGGGCCUCACCGGCGGCGGCAGCUGGAACGGCCUCUUCUGGGCUGUGCAUCCCGGCGGCCGGGCAAUCUUGGACGGCUGCGAGGCGGCACUCGCCCUGGAGCCCGGGAAGCUGGCGGCCUCCCGGCACAUUCUGAGCGAGUACGGUAACAUGUACGGCGCGUCGAUCGUCUUCGUUCUCGACGAGAUCCGGCGGCGCCGCCGCCGAAAUGGUGACCAGAGGGAACGUCGUGACAUGUUUGAGCUUGACUGCGAGUGGGGCGUCAUGCUGGGGUUCGGCCCGGGGGUUACCGUCGAGAUGAUGGUAUUGCUUGCUGCUGCCUAGCAAGAUGAAUACUAAUAACUAGGUUUAUCAGUCAGCAGAGAGGUUGCAGGGGAAACAUACUACACGAAUAAUCUGAAAUGUCAAUGUCCUUUUAUAUCUCGCUGUUAGAACAAUCGUUCGCACGGUUCCUAAAAAAAUAUUGGUUUCUCAAAAACUCUAAACACAGAGAAGAAUGUUAUAGCGGAAA